AUGGCAUCUCCGCAGAAGAUUCGAACGGAACUCACCGAUCUCUUCGGUAUCAAACACCCCAUCCUGCUGGCCGGCAUGAACGUUGCCGCAGGCCCAAAGCUGGCAGCCGCGGUAACAAAUGCUGGCGGCCUCGGCGUCAUCGGUGGAAUGAGCUACUCGCCAGAUAUGUUGAAGGACCAGAUUGAAGAAAUGAAGAAGGAUCUGAAGGACAAGAACGCUCCCUUUGGUAUCGAUCUGUUGCUUCCUCAGGUUGGAGGCAAUGCUCGAAAGACGAACUAUGAUUAUACAAAGGGAAAGCUCAAUGCCUUGGUCGACGUCAUCAUUGAGUCUGGGGCCAAGCUAUUCGUUUCGGCUGUCGGCGUCCCGCCAAAGGCAGUUGUCGACAAGCUGCACAAGCACGGUAUCUUCUAUAUGAAUAUGGUUGGCCACCCAAAGCACGUCCAGAAGUGUCUCGACAUUGGUUGCGACAUCAUUUGUGCACAGGGUGGCGAGGGUGGUGGUCACACCGGAGAUGUCCCCACCACCGUUUUGAUCCCGGCUUGUGUGGAGGCUUGCAAGAACUCCAAGAGUCCGUUGACUGGCAGGCCGGUCCAAGUUGUUGCCGCUGGCGGCAUCCACAACGGCAACAUGCUUGCUGCUUCCCUCAUGAUGGGUGCCAGCGCCGUGUGGGUGGGUACCAGAUUUAUCCUGGCUGAUGAGGCUGGUGCACCUGAGGCGCACAAGGAGUCCGUCAGGACUGCGAGCUUCAAUGAUACAAUCCGCACCCUGAUCUUCACUGGACGGCCGCUGCGAGUGCGAACCAACCCAUACAUUGAGAACUGGGAGAACGAGCGCCGGGAUGAGAUUAAGGAGCUUACUUCCAAGGGAAUACUGCCUUACGAGUCUGAUCUCGAGAAGGUCAUGAAUGGCAACGGUGACAAGAUUCCAGGAACGGAGUCGGCCAAGGUCAGUGAAGAUGACGAUGUCGACGAUAUGUUGGAGCAGUUCCGUCCUUUCCUCAUGGGCAAGUGCGCUGCGCUCGUCAACGAACAGAAGCCCGCUCAGGCGAUUGUUGACGAGUUCAUUAACGAUGCAUCUGCAUCAUUGAAGAAGGGUUCGCAGAUGGUCGCGAAGCUAUGA